AUCCAAUAACAUUCAAAUAUAAUCAACUACAUACACUCAAAAAAGGAUGAAUCCUAUGUUCUACUCCCUUCUUGCCUUAACCGCUGUUUUUGCAGCAACUUCAAACGCUCUCAAACCAGUUCUCGACACUGAUGGUGAUUAUGUAUUCGCAGGCAGCUACUACGUCCUCCCUGCCAUCUUCGGCGCUGCAGGUGGCGGCCUGAAUCUCGCCUCUCGUGGUAGCAACCAGUGUCCCCUCUUUGUCGGACAGGAAAUUUCAGAGGUCGACAGGGGCAUUCCCGUCAAAUUCUCAAACUGGAGAUAUAAAGUUGCGUUUGUUCCCGAGUCAACGAACAUCAACAUUGAGAUGGACGUCAAAGCUACGAUAUGCGUUCAGUCAACCUAUUGGUGGGUCACUGCGGCUCCAAGUGGCUUUAGGACAUUGUUCGUAACAGCUGGUCCUAACCCGGAAGCUGGAGAAGAUUCGUCGAGGAGUUUCUUCCAGAUCAAGCAAGCUAAAGGUUUUCCUGACGGUUACCAUAUUAUGUUUUGUCCUAACGGUAACGAUUGCAGAAAUGUCGGGAUAAUUGUGGACGAAUAUGGCGUUCGGCGUUUGGCUUUAAGCUCUACGCCGUUCCCGUUUGUGUUCAUGAAAGCUAAUGGGAUAGAGACUUCGUCUAAGCCUAUUAUGUCUAUUAUCUGAGAGAAAAAAGAACAGAACUACAACUUAAGAAGAUGAGAGUUUUAACUUACCACUAAUAAUGAAACUCUAUCUGUGCUCCUUAUUUUCUUUGUUCAUCUUUAAUGGAAUAAAACAUCUUUCUUUUGUUACCUUUUUCUUUUUAAUUGUCUUUGUACUUUAAGCUUCACAUAACUUAGAAGCUAAACAGAAACAUUUUCUCUCUAUUAGUCGUAAGUUAUAACACUUAUUCUCUUAAUUUUGUAGUCUACUAGA